AUGGCGUAUCGACCUCAAGCCAACGGGACCGCGGAAAGAAUGGUACAAACAGCGACAAAGACGCUCACAAUGUAUGUUCGCGAUCUAAAUCGAAAGGAUUGGGAUAAGUACGUUGAGUGCCUCACCUUCGCGAUUAACACGACCCAAGAUCGUGUUCGAGGAGAAACACUUCAUUAUCUGGUACACCGAGAUCAACACUGGAGGCCACAAUUCCCGUCGAAUGCAUCAGACGGCACGAUCGGGACCCGCAACGGUGGCGUAACGGGAUCCAACGGCCUUAUUAACCGCCACGGGAACUACAGAUUUCGAGAAAUCAUUUCAGAUCGUGCCAGUCGACAUAAUGAAGACGUUGGAUCGCACCAGUCCGAGGCGGAAUCCUGGGUCUAUUGGGUCCCAGAUCUCGGAGCCGACGAGUACGAGGUUCAACAUACCUCUGAUGUGCGGAGUGGAAAGAAGACUCCCUUCGGUCGGAUCUACCGAGUUUGGGUGAGAUACGAUGAACCGACCUGGGCUGACGACACUGACCUCAAUUGCGGCACAAUACAGAACGGGUUCCUGCGAGAACGUGUGAAUCACAAUCGAUACAGCGUAAUGCAGUCGCAUGAAGAGGUGUGA